UUUACAAUAAUGAAAGGGUAGCAAAUAUCUAUGUGAGGUUUUUACUGUUACUUUUUUUGUUUGAACUUAUCUCCAAAAACCGGCAGUUUUCGUCUCUUUUAGAAAGGGAAGUUGCUUUGAAAAAGGGCACACCGAUGACCGGAAAUUUCGGCAGACGUCGACAUAACCGACCGAGUUUCAAUGUAACUGUUUUUUUUACCCUGCCUUUCAAUCAAACAGGGUAUAACCGCGUUAAACAUCACUCAAUCAGUUUAGGGCCCAACGGACAAGCAGAUCGCUAUACGACAUGAUCAUCAAAGAGUUGUUUAUAAUUACGUCGUUCUUGUUGGCUGAGUGCCUGUGCGCGAGGAUCUUGGCUAUUGCCUCGCAUCCGAGUUACAGCCACAACUUAUUUUUCCGGCCAAUAUGGAAAAAACUUGCAGACAAAGGUCACGAUCUCACCGUACUUACCACUGACCCGAUGGAAAGUACUUACCCCCGCAUCAGAGAAAUAGACCUCCACUACGUCUACGAAAAAAAGUCACAGAUCAGGAGUCUCGACUGGAAAUCCGCAAGAUGGCUCACGAUCUUGCAGACAUACUUCAGGAUGUUCAAAGAGGUCGCGGAAGCCGAGCUCGAUCAUCCGGAAGUCCAGAGUUUGCUGAAAAAUAAGAGCGAAAGUUUCGACUUGGUUAUAUGCGAGUUACACAUGCCCGUCAUGUUCGGUUUCGCUCACCGAUUCGGCUGCCCGCUGAUUGGGAUUUCGUCGACCGACGUGCUUACCGAUCAACACUCCGCCCUCGGCAACCCCACACACCCGCUGACCUUUACGGACGCAUUUAUGCCAAUCAGAGACUUGACAUUUCCCAGUCGCACAGAUGCCGCGUUCUGGAUGGUCUACAACUAUAUUAGGAGUUGUAAGGAGGACUAUUUCCUGCUGGGUAACCUGGUGGAGAGAGAGAAAAUGCAGCAGUACUUCGGAAGCGACGUCCCACCUCCACUUACGUUGCUCAGAAACAUCAGCCUCGUGUUCCUUAACACCCACCCAUUAUUCGACUCCAGACCGCUUAGUCCGAAAUUCGUCAGGAUAGGGGGUGGUAUACCAACAAGGUACCCGAAACCCCUGCCUUACGAAAUGUCGACUUUCUUAGACGACAAUCCGCAGGGAGUUAUAUACUUCAGCCUGGGUACCACCAUAAUGAUAGAACAGUACCCCGAACACUUUUUGAACGUUACACUGGAAACUUUUAAAGACCUCCCUUACGCCGUCUUGUGGAAGUUCGACCACCACAUUCCCGGGCUACCAAAAAACGUAAGAAUUUUUCAAUGGGUGCCGCAACGCGAUCUGCUGGCUCACAGAAACGUGAAAGUAUUUCUGACUCAAGGCGGUGUACACUCUAUCGAAGAAGCUAUCCACGCUGGGGUGCCUAUGGUCGGAAUACCUUUCGUCAGCGAUCAAGCGCGGAACGUAGACAACGCCGUCUCCAAAGGUAUCGCGUUGUGUCUCGAUAAGAACACGAUCACCAAGCGUACACUCACACGAGCCAUAAUGGAAGUGGUCGGAAAUAAACAAUAUAGGGAAAGGAUCGACGCUAUAUCGAGGCUAAUACGGGAUGCUCCAAUGGACGUGCUCGAGAAGGUGGUAUGGUGGACGGAAUUCGUGCUGAGGAACCCCCAAGUGGGAAGCAUUUUGCAGAAUGGAAACCUGGAUGUGCCGCUCUACCAGUACUUCUUCUUGGAUGUUCUGGCGGUUUUGGUUUGCAUCUUGAUGGGGUUGAUAAUCCUUACUCGUUGGAUGAUUUUCACGUUUCUACGCGUCGUGCGACUAUUAACGUCGUGGCUGGUCAAAAAGAAGGUGGAGUAGCUGUUCAG